CCAAUCAGAGCCUCCUAUUUUCUGCCCAGUGAUUCUGGACCCCUGCGCCUCGCCAGAACACCAUCACCACCAGACGAUGAGAGUCCACCAGAGAGUCCAGAAGCCAGCUCCAACCACAUGCUUCGCCCAGUUUCCCCCGGACCGCCUCGACCCAAAUCUCCAAUCCAGCUUAAAAAGGGUCCACCUGUUCCUCCACUUCCUAAAGCCACUCCCACUAAAGAAGUGGCAGAAGAGCAAAUAAUUGACCUGUUUGGUGGAGAAUUUCUACCUGCACCGUCACCAUCUCAGCCAAACGAACGACCCGGAGAGUCUCUUCUAGAUUUGGACUUUGAUGCUUUUCAGCCAGAUGAAACUGUUGCACCGAUACCUCAGACGGCUGUACCCUGGGACAUGUGGUCGGCAAAUGCUCAACCUGCUCAUCCUGUAAGUACUAAUUAAACUGAUGCUUGUCUCUAUUAUCUGUGAUGUCAGACUGUUUUAACAGCCCAUUUUCACACACAGAUUUGCCACUAUUGAUGUGUCUGUAUCUGGG